GAAAAACGAAUCACAAAUCUAAAAAACAAUGGAAUCUGAACUUCAUGUUGUUUUGAGCACAUGGUAGCUCUCACUGAGACUGGUCAAUUAUUUACAAAACAUUCGAUAUUGUGAUGCAAUUGCUAUGAGAAACAGGUUUUCACCUCUACUUUUAUAACUAACACAAUCAAACUCGUCUUUCAUAUCGCUGUGAUGUACCAGUAGCUCUAGAAACUGUUUUUUGGGUUGGACACAAUGCAAUUGAUCAAUCUAUUUAUAGAGAAGGUGCAUAGUUUCUAACUUGUUAAGUAUCUCUAAUAGAAGUGAAUAUACAGAUCGAAAAAAUAAUUCCAUUGAAACAUAUUUCGAAAUUAAAGCCACUGAUAUAAAAAUGUAUAAAAUGAACUACCCACUUGGGCAUUGAACGGUAAGGUUUCGCUACGAACUUAUGUAAACCUCUUCCUAAACGAUUCAUUUUAGAAUGUCAACGGAUUAACCUGACUGAGCCGUCAUUUACGUUUUGUGCAACUUGUUUGUGCGCGCACCUUGAAUGAAAUAGUCUUAGCAGGUUCGAGUUACAGGACGAUACCCGAUCCCACGAAUGGCUGGACUGAUUUUGCAACGAAUGCAGAAACAUUUAAUCGGUUUGUAACACCGACGUUCGAGGUACGAGCAAAAGGAUUAUUGAAAGAAAGCGGAUCAUAUGAAGAAACGUACUUUUACCCAGAGCUCGGCAUUCUUGAGGAUUCAUAUUUCCAUGCACCUGAAAAUAGUCGAAGUAUUGUCAAGUGUCAAUAAGAUGCCUCUCCACCUGCCCCAUAGAGGAGGGGUCUGUGUGUCCUGUCUUGAUUACACCACAAACUAAACUGGAAAUAUUGCUGGCACUGGGAAGGCUGCAAUUCAAGCAUGUGUGCUUUCCAUCGCCCUUGCAAGACCUGUUCUGUUAGGUUCGAACCCGCGUGUGACGUCGGUCGGUUGAAAGUGCGAAAUGUGCCAAAAGUGACCGUCUGAAGAAAGAGGGACCCAUAAAGUUGACUGGUUGACCGCAGCAGGUUUGGCAUCGGUCUUUCCCGACUAUUUCCGGAUGUACGAUGUUCACGCUAUCGAGGCUGCCCGAUGAGGAUAACCCAUCGCCCAAUGUUGGCAACGGUAGCAAUAGCAGUAGCAACAGCAGCAACAGUAACGCUAGCACUGGUAGCAGUGUUCCCGGCAGUGGCGUCACUCUCGACGCAGCAGACGCCUCGAGCGCAGGAGUCGCCACAAGUCCAACUGCCUGGAAUCUUGAGCUCGACAUGCCGAUGAUCGAAGAAGACAUGCAAGUGAUCGACACGAUCGAUCAGAGCUACUGGAAUGGCAAGUUUGUUCCACCACCUCCAAGACCACCGUUUCUGGAAGAGUCCAUCGCUCCUGAUGGCCUCACGACAUGUGACUUAUGCAGCUGGGCCUGGCAGGAUAAGGGGACUUUAUCACUAGACGGAGCAAUCAAAGAAAUUUUCUCCCCACCCGCAGAUACCAAGGAGUUCAGCUGGACUUUCACGCUGGUCGUAGUUUCGCUCACAUCAGCUGUACUUGGUGCCAUAAUUAUGAUAAUAUUUCUUAGGUGUAAGAGAAUACGGUCUAAUCAGAAUGGAAUAAGAACGCUAUGCUUUGAUUCGAGUAGUACAAAGGAUACAACGGGACUAAAUUUCGACAAUCAAACAUCAAAAAAUUCUACCAACGGUUCAUGUAGCCCUCGGAGUACCAAUUCGGGGCUUUGGACUUGGUUUAGCAGCCGAAAGAAUCUAUCGACACCGGAGCAACUGGUUAAUUCGCACACGCUUCCGGUGGAAAAUCAUUACACUCACAUGGAUGACAACAACUAUAAUCCAGUUCAGAUUGAUGAGGCUUCAUAUGCUGAGGUGGGCAAUGAAAUGGGUCCCUCUGAAACUAACUCAUACAAAUCGAGCUCCGUGCAUCAUGGAGGCGAUAACGACGUGUUAAUUAUGAACUGUCCUUUACCGGCAAUUCCCACCGGAUCGCAUAGUGGGGGUGCCAGCGGUUCCGGAAGUGCAUAUUAUUCCGGCCUGCUUAAUAGCGCGGAUAUGCCUGGUGAUGACGACGAGGACGAGCGGCCGUACGAAAUUGUCGAUCUAAAGGAGAUGUCCUCGCCACAUAAGAGUCACAAUGUACAAAGUCAUUUGCUGAAUGAGACCAACAAUUUGCUGACCAUCGAAAAGCACUCCGAAGGCUUACCUGAAGGAACAAUUUCGGCAUCUGAUUAUGUUUAGUUAUUUUUAAGAUACAGUUUUAGUUUGACAUUGUUUUGUUCAACAAAUGUACAUGGCGAGACCUACUCAAGCUGCAGCAGAGAAAACUCUUUUUAAUGCCAAGCAAUUGUUCGCUAGAAUUUGCUUUAAUUCAUUUUAAAAUAAUAUGAGAUUGCAGUUCCAGAAUCAGUUUACUGAUGCAGCUAAUUUGUGGUUCUACGAACAUAUUUGAAAGAAAGCGAAGCAAAAAGAAAGCGACAAUAGGAUGCUUUAGAUAUAGGUUAUGUUUCUAUGACAGUGACUUUUAUGAAUCUCAACCAAUCAGUUACAUCAUUUAUACUUGUGAACGCAUGAUGAAAAAGAAAUUUUAAAUAUGUUAAAUUUUGGGUCCAAAAACUGGUGCAGUAAAAAAAUUCUGUUCUCGAAAUUCUAAUCCAAGUUUACUGACUAGCUUAGGUGUUUAUCUUUUGUUAAUAGUUUUCUUUAGCUAUGUGUAUUUAUUUUGUAAACUUUUCAUGUGCAAGUUGAUGCUAACUGCUAACUUAUUGUAGAAUGUUAUAAAUGCACAGCAGAUACAACGCAACCAAGUGUUACGUAUCUAGACAAAGUCUGAGCUAGAAAAGCAAAACAUUCCGUCGCAAAUUUUAAUCGACCCCUUCCUUAUUCCUUCUACCCUCACGUAGAAUUGUGUGAUCCUUUAGAAAGCCUUACAGUGAUCGACCUUUAGACUAGUAGAGAAAUUGUAUUUAAUUGUGAAACAUUUUGAUAUUAUAUAUCCAAUUAAGGGGAAACAACGAACGGCUUGCUUGAGGCCAUUGGACACUCAACCUGCGUGCCGAUAGAAUAACAAUCAGUAGAGUUUUUAGACCUUUUUACACCCUUCCAACGUAAUGAUAAAAACCUUGUACAACCUAGUCGUAAGUCGUAACGAACAUAUUUGUAUGCUAUUUACCCAUUCCAUUUGAUGGCCCGCAAUAGUUUUUUAAGAAAGAUUAUUCGUAUCGUCUUUUGCGUGAAAAACAAAUCACGACCCAGUUUCGAACUGAAUUUUGAAAUCCAGCCAAUUUAAGCACAGGUAGAAAAAAACAUAACAUUUCGAGGAAAUGAAAUCAUUAAACAGUGAACUUUUAUCAAAGCAAAUUCUACCCAAUUGAUUUU